AAAAAAGCAAAAUUUAUGUUUUAGUAUACCCUCUUAUAUUACCAGUUUUGUGAAAAAUUACCAAACAUAAUGUUACGUUUCACCGUUGUUCUUGCUUUCGUCGGAUGUGCUUUGGCACAGAAUCCUACCGUGCCACCGAGCGAAUUCAAUUGCGCUGAUUAUCCGGCAGGCGAUGCGUAUUAUCCGAGCCCAACAGCUUGUGACGAAUUCUAUAGGUGCGGCGUCCCAGGUUAUACAGAGGCCUUCAAGUACACCUGUCCUGCUGGCCAAGUUUAUUAUGAUCCCACCACCAGAUGUGAAUUCGAGUACAGCGUACCACCACCGUGUGGAACUGCAACGACUGCAACAGGAGGUCCAGUAAACACCAUCGACCCAACACCACAACACCUCUGUGAUGGAAAAAACCAAGGUACCUUCCCAGUGAAGGAUUGCUGCACCAAGUUCUAUUCCUGCAGCGGGAUAACAGAGCCGGAAACCACGACUGCCCAGAACUGCCCAUCUGGUCUUGUAUUCAACAAAACACUUGGAUAUUGUGAUUGGCCCGCCAAUGUCCCUGAAUGUGAAGAUUCUAAUUGCAUCUACUAAUCGGACGUGGAGUAGAAGAAGACAUUCGUGUCAACUCAACUUUCAAUCAUUGUUAAUUAAUUAUUGAUUAAAAAUUAAUUAUGAUUUUAUGAAAUAAAUACAUUUAAUAAAUGAAGACAUUUCCGAAUUUAAA